AUGAUUGUCAUCACGGGUGGUGCUGGCUUCAUAGGCUCUAACCUCAUCAAAGAACUGAACGGUCGCGGGCUUACAAAGAUCGUUGUCGUGGAUGACCUGAAGGAUGAUGGCAAAUUCCGCAACCUGGCCGACUGCAAGAUCGCCGACUUUAUUGACACCACACGCUUUCGAGAGAUGAUCCAGACUAAUUCGAUGUCUAUUCGCCCUCGAAUCAUUUUCCACUACGGCACUCGCGACGCUGUCCCUUCCGAAAUCACUGGCGAGAAUAAUCUUCUCGAUACCCACUUCACAUACCCGAAGGAGCUCCUCAACUGGUGCAAGUCCCACCAAGCUCGCUUCAUCUACGCCUCCUCGGAUAAAGUUUACGGCAAUCAUUCGGAUGUCGGGGAGGAUGCGGGGAUGGAGGCUCCCAUGAAAACAUCAGCGUAUUUCCAGAUGCUUUUCGACCAGUACGUGGUACACAACACCGAAGUUCGAUCUCCGCAGAUUGUUGGUCUUCGCCUGUUUAGCGUGUAUGGACCCAAUGAAGACUACAAGGGAGAACGCGCCAGUGUUCCAUUCCAAUUCUACCAGAAGCGCAAGGAGUUCAAGGUCAUCAAGCUCCUCGGAGACAACGAUGGAUACAAAGGCGGACAGCAGAAGCGCGAUUUCGUUCAUGUCGAGGAUGUUGCACGUCUCAAUUGCUGGUUCCUCGAUCACCCGGAGAUCAGCGGUAUUUACAAUGUCGGCACCGGAGUUGCCACCUCAUUUCACGACCUCGCAACCCUUGUUGCUCGCUAUUUCGGCAAACCAGAGGGAUAUAUCGGCUCGGAGGAGUUCCCUGCUCACUUGAAAGGCAGGUUCCAGAAUGAGACAUGUGCCAAUACAGCCAAGCUUCGCCGCGCCGGCUCCACCCUUCGUUUCCGAAGCAGCGAGGAGGGCAUUAGGGAGUAUAUGGAGUGGCUUGAUAGUCGUGAAGUCUCGCGAAACGACUCACCCAAGCUCCGCAGCAACCCAUCGGAGAAGUAA